AUGCUCGACGACACCAACACCCGCACGAACCAGCGCCACUCGCUCACCAAAGUCCUUCACCAGUCCAAAGGCACCGCUUCGCCGGAUGACAUCGUCAAGACGCUUGUGCAUAAGUACCUGCCGAUACCCACAGGCCCGCCGACACUACAUCCCGAGUACACCGGUACCGACAACAGCCUCCUUGACGCUGAAUUUUCCGAAGAGAUACGCCGAGAUCUUCACAAACCAAACGGCCGUUCCGCCCCGGGCCCCGAUGGCAUAACCAACAAGCUCCUGCGGAACUUAGACGACCCCUCGGUCGUGUACCUCACGGACGCCAUCAACGACGUGUGGGGGCAGGGCGAGUUACCUGAUGCCUGGAAACUCGCCCAGACGAUCCUCAUUCCGAAACCAGGCGAGGCGCCUGGCGUCGAUAACCUUCGCCCCAUCUCGCUCACGUCGUGCGUGGGUUGCAGGUGUGAAGUGAUAGUGCCAUACCGGCUCGCGUCCACGAAACACUCUAUGUCCGAUUCCGCAGCGAGACGGAUGGACACUCCAACAAGUUCGGCGAGCGUACACGCUUCUGACUAUAUAAUAUUUGUAUCGCUGACAGCACUCAGCCUCGGAACUGGACUGUACGUGUCUCUGCGCAAACGAGGUGCUCCGAAGAGCAGAGAUGAGGCCUUCCUGGGAAACCGAAGCAUACGCGUGCUUCCUCUGGCCCUGUCCAUGCUGGCAUCAAGCAUCACGGCAGCGGGCAUCAUUGCAUUCGUCGCUCACUAUUACCGUCACGGCUUCCAUACGCUCUGGGCCAUACCUAUCUUCGUGCCAGUUGGACUCAUCGUGACGUACUUAUACCUGCCUGUGCUGUACGAGCUCAAGGUCACUUCCAUAUUCGAGUAUCUUCGCCUGCGCUAUGGAAACAGCGUUGGACUUGCGUCGUCUUUGAUUUACUUCGUGCUAAGCCAAACUUUAGGAGCAGUCACCAUCUACGCUGCUGCUGUCGCCAUGACCACAAUGCUUCGAAUUCCACUGACGGUCUCUUGUGUUGUCCUUGGCAUCGCUGGAACUACGUACACUGCUCUCGGAGGCCUCCGGAGCGUCGUAUGGGCCGACUGCGUGCAAGCAGUGAUCAUGACUGGUUCGCCACUGGUAAUCAUUGGGAAGAUUCUUUACGAUUCUGCCACUAGCGUCGAGCCACCGCGGUCCCUGAAUGAUCUUAAUAUCACCGCCUAUUUUCUUCGAACUGACAUAGACCUCACCACCGAUGAAACCGUCUGGGCUGCCUCCUUAGCUGCCUUUCCUUUCCAGCUCACACGCAUUGGCUUGGACCAAAUGAUCACGCAACGGUUUUUAGCAGCAAGAUCCCUGUCGGAGGCAAGGACAGUGGCCUUUUUUGGUGUCUUCCUGGUGUCCCUAUUUUACGCUAUCAUUGGCUUGACAGCUCUGGCUAUUGUAUACUGGUUCCGGGAUUGCGAUCCCGUUCUCUCUGGUGCAAUGUCUCGUUAUGAUCAGAUGGUCCCCUACUAUAUUAACACAAGCGCUGGUGCUGUAGGUGGCAUCCGAGGUCUAUUUUUGGUUGGAGUCGUAAGCGCUUCCAUAAGCACAGUAUCCUCCGUAGUAAACUCCCACGCAGCUGUUUUGUAUAUUGACGUGCUGUCACCGAACUUCCAUAUACCGGAAAAUAAAUCUUCCGUUGUGAUAGCGGCUCUAGCCGCCGGAAGUGGCAUCAUAAUGACCUUGAGUGGCGUCUUGCUUCCUUACGUCAGUUCUGCUGCAAAGGAGGAGAAGAAAUAG